AUGAAAUCAUUAACUAAUUAUCCAUCGGAUUGUUUAAAAUCAUUAACAAAUGAAGAAAUUAUGGUAUAUAAUUUUCGUGCAUAUGUAUCACCUUUACUUGCAUUUAUUGGUAUACCAGCAAAUAUUUUUGUAAUUAUUAUAUUUAAUAUAUUAGAAAAACAACAAACAUGUCGGUUUAAUUUAUAUGCAAUAUGGAUGGCAUUAGCACAUUUAAUACAAUUAAUUGUGAAUACAUUAAUUGAUGAUUUUUUAGGUCGUGGUUUAAAAUGGGCAACGGAUUGUUAUAUUUGGUAUCAAGUUGAUUCAUAUUCAUCAUUUACAUGUAAAUUAUUAACAUAUUUAUCUGAUGUAUCUGCAUUAAUUGCAUCAUUUAUUCUAAUGUUAUUUAGUAUAGAUCGUGUAUGUUCAAUAUAUUGUGCUAAACAAGUUGAACAAAUAUUAGAUUUACGUAUAGCUAAAUUAUCUAUAUUUAUAAUCUAUGUAAUUUGUUUUCUAUUAAAUAUACCUCAUUUAAUUUAUGCUGAUUUAAAAGAUGAUUCAAGAGAAAAAUCUAAUUGUCAAUAUGUUGAUCCAGUGGCUGGUGGAGUAAAAUAUGUAUUAUAUUUAUAUAUUAUUGGUGUUACAAUAUUACCGGCUAUUUUAAUUUUUAUAAUGAAUAUUUUAAUAUCAUGUAAAUUAAAAUCAACUAUAAAACGUUCAAAAUUAAAUGGUUAUCAUGAUAGACAAUCAUAUAGUGAAUUAAGUAAAGUGAUUACUCAUUUAGCUAUAAGUAUUAUGUUUACUUGUUUAUCAAUUCCAUUAGUUGCAUUAAUGAUAUUACGACAAAAAGUACAUUUUAAUAAAUAUGAAUUAAUUUAUCCAAUUUAUGCAUAUAAAAUUAUACAAUUAUCAAAAUUAUUUAGCUCUGUUGAUUCAUUUAAUCAUGCAUUUGAUUUUUUUUUAUAUUGGGCAUUUUUACCAGUAUUUAGACAAACAUUAUAUAAACUAAUUACAAAUAUGUGUUCAAAAAUAUUAUGUAAUUGUAAUAAAAAGAGAAUGAUUAAUCAACAUCAUCAUAAUAAUAUCAAUAGUAUGAAUAUUAGUACCAACAAUAAUGCUAAUAUUAUACUAAAUAAUAACAGUAAUCAUAGACUCAUCAAUAGUCAGAAUAACAAUACUACUAAUAAUAAUAAUCAUUAUAACUAUGAUUUAUCUGACUUACCUUGUUACUCAUACUUGGACUUUCCUCUAGGAUAUUUUGAUUUUUCUCAUUGCAGUGGUCGUUGCUCUCCUCAUAGUCUUUACUAUUAUCAACAUUAUCGUACUCACCGUCAUCGUCGUCAUAAUCAUUAUCAUCAUUGCCAGUAUCAUCAACCCCAUGAUCAAUAUUACCAGAAACGUCAACAAAAAUCUUAUCAAUUGGAAUAUAGUAAACAAUUAAGUUUUCAUUGUAUGGAAGAACUUCAUGACAAACAUUUACAAAAUGAACAACAAUAUGAAACGAAAAUUUCUAGAUAA